AUUCCAUAAUGAGCAGGCUUUUUGAAUGGAGUUGGACCUGGAUAGUUUGAGAUAUUCCAUCGGAAUAUGCCUGGCUCAAAUGCCCUGCUUAUCGUUUUGCUGCUGCUGGUUGCACUGCCAAGAUUGGAAAGCUUCUAUUACCGAUCCGCCGAGCCAGUUGCCGGCUGCCUGUCCAGUUUGUACUCAGAUGGUAGUGGACUAUCUGGAGGCGGAGGCGGAAGUGGGAGCGGUGGCAACAACUGUGGAGACAACAAGGGCGGCGAUAAAAAUGAAGCCAAAAUAAGUUGCCAAGGUGUACUCAAGGGCGACCCAAAGUCGAAGGCUUCAAACAUUGCCCAGAAGGCGGCGCAGGAGGCAAAAGCGGCCAGUGAUGCCCAGAUGGCCGCUGCAGAGGCAGCAGCAUCACAGGUCAAAUCUGAAUUGGCCGCCAAGGCAGCUCAAUCCGCGAGAGCAGCGGAGGCGGCACUGGCCGGUAAGCAACAGAUUGUGGAGCAGUUGGGUCAGGAGAUGACCGAGGCAGAGGCUGUGGUCACCGAAGUCACCUCCUCGCUACAAAACACCCAGUCGAAUGCUAACGCUGCCUCCGCCGCCGCCCAGGAAGCCAUGAUCCAGCUUAAUCAACUUAAAAACCUAGUGGUGGCUGCCAGCUCCAACCUGGCUAAUAUAGAGAAUGUGGCCAGCGGAGCUCAGCAGGAAUUGGCCGAGAAGACGCAGCUCUUGGAGGCUGCAAAGCAUAGAGUGGACAAUCUUCAGAAGCAGAUGAGCGAAGCCCAACAGGACUUUGAAAAAACUAAGCAGGCGGCCUACAAGGCAGCCUGUGCCGCCGUGGAGGCCAAGCAGAAGGCUCAGAGAACGAGGAGGAUGUCCGGUAGGCAGCGGUGGUCCCCUCGGAACUUCUCAAGCAAGUUCUCUGGCGGAGGGGGGUCUAAACUGUAGGGGUAGCAGUUCUCAUGUCUCUUGUUUUUAUAUUUUGUUAUAUUUUUUUGCACUUAAAUUGGUAGAUUUUCAAUUAAAGAUUUGGACCAUAAAAAAUAAA